UUUCCGGCGUAUCUUUUCUUUUGCGACCCACAAUGGAUGAUGCCGGUGAUCCAUCACCUCGCAGAAUGACACGACAGCCGCCAUUUUAUCGGUCAUCGUCCGACUUGAAAGUUCUGCCUUAUACGCAACAUUCGAAUAUUUAGGUCCAAUAGAAAAAAAGGUCUCAGAUUCUGGGUUAGGCAAUCUGCUUGGCAUUCUGAAUUCGUACGUUCCCCAACCAAUUCUAUGGCCCUCGCUGCAUCCUCAAAACUUAUUUGUGUAUGCGCCGUUAUUUAUCAUGACGGUGCAAGUUAAAGAAUAAUAAACUCAUGCCUUUCUUUUUAAGGAGAACUUUCAGGGAUUACAGCACUUUGAAUUGCGUCAGACCUUACUGCGAUCGUCGUUUUAAUUAUAUGAUCUUGUCAAUAUUUAAUUUGAGUUUUGAAAUCCAAUUUCGCUUUUUAAAAAAAUAUGAUUGACGCGGACGUGAGGUACGUGCGUGAGCUCGGACAUACCAGUUAUGUCUAGGCAAGUAUAGCUUUCUCCUUUUUUGGCGUUUUUACAUUUAUUCGUGUAGAGUUUGAAAUCACGUAUGCGUGAAAUGCGGAAGGGACUCCCCUCCCAAAUAUGGCUGCUCAACAACAAAAAAAGGCCUGUCCUCUAUACGUUCGUUACUUGUGUAAAUGGCCAAAAAAAAAAGAAUUUAGGUCUAACAAGUCGGUGAGGGCCCACUGGCCACCUCCAAGGAAUAACGGGAUAAAUACAAGAAAUUCAAACCUCCUUUUCAUACACCUGAACAACUCAUCACAAAACAGUUUGGCUCGAGUGUAGCUCCUCCGCCAAAUAUAAUAUAAGAUUUCUCCGCUGUUUGCUCUUUGUUCAGACUGGUUCUCUCCACUUGUGCCCGUAGCUAACAAUCAUCAAGACUCGUAUUUCAGCUCUCACUUUCUCUGUGAUUACACCUGCAAGGAAAAGUGCCGUCAACAUUAAUUAUUGCGUAAGAGAAGAUUGUCGAGAAAUGAAGAAAAGUGUCGAACUCUCGUCGGAGGUGUUUCUGACGUCACACCGGUUGGAUCAUAGUGAUGAAACAAAUAAUAAUAAUGGUGGGGUUGCUGAUGGUGUCGUCGUACGCAAUGCGAUUAAAAGUUACGGUGUCGGAAGUAAUCGCUACGUAAUACUAAACGGAUUAAACAUGACAGUGAAAAAAGGGACAAUUUACGGAUUGCUGGGGGCCAGCGGCUGCGGUAAGACAACGCUGUUAAGUUGUCUCGUCGGCCGACGAACCUUAAAUAACGGAGAGGUACUCGUCCUGGGACAUGAGCCGGGCUCUCCUAACAGCGGAAUUCCCGGACCGCAGGUCGGCUACAUGCCACAGGAAUUGGCGCUGUACGACUAUUUUACCAUCAAGGAGACCCUGGAAUAUUUCGGGCGCAUUUACAAAUUGAAAAGUGCUUUUGUGAAAUCGCAAUUGAAGUUUCUGUCCAAUUUAUUGGAUCUGCCCCCGUGUGAUCGUUACGUCAAGACGCUGAGUGGCGGACAGCAGCGACGCGUCUCGUUCGCCGUCGCUUUGUUUCACGAUCCUGAUUUGCUCAUCUUGGACGAACCGACAGUUGGCGUUGAUCCUUUACUGAGUAACAGUAUUUGGAAUCAUCUUGUGCGUCUGAGUGUUGACCAUGGAAAAACGGUGAUCGUCACAACUCACUACAUCGAAGAAGCAAGACAAUCUCACACGAUUGGAAUGAUGCGAUCCGGCCGUUUGCUGGUCGAAGAGUCGCCGGCAAAUUUGUUGAGAGAUUACGGACUUUCUUCACUAGAAGAUGUUUUCCUGAAGCUUUGCCUGAAAGACGAUGGCAAUGUUCCAGCCGGCCAAUCGACUGAAUCCAAUCUUGUAGCUUUAAAAGACACUGACCAAAUCAGUGCCCAACAGCCACCAAAUGGACAUGUAAACAUGUCCGUCCCACAAGUAAGAAUUCCGUCUUCCAGCAAACGACCAUCUUUUAAAAUGACAAUGCCAUCUCCUCAUCGGGUAGGCGCACUCAUCCGGAAAAAUUAUUUGCUGUCGUUUCGAAAUAUCGGGAUAUUUUUGUUCACGUACUUGUUGCCGGCCUUGCAAGCAGCCCUAUUCAAUGUGACCCUUGGGCACGAGCCAAUGGGCCUGAAAAUGGCCGUCGUCAAUGAAGAAAUCGAUUCGAGUCUGGGCCGCGUUUGCAACUACACGACGGAUUGCGCUUAUUCGAUGCUCAGCUGUCGCUACCUUCGCUACAUCAAUAACAACAUCAUUCAGGUUCCAUAUGAGAAUGUAUCCGCCGCUAUAGAAGCGGGAAGACAUGGGAAAGUCUGGGGUGUCAUCCACUUCGGGAAGAAUUUCACUCAAGAAUUUGAGAUGCGACAGUCGAACGGCGAUUCGGCGGAAUUGGACAAUAUCAUCCGCAGUCGAAUCAGCAUCAACAUGGAUUCUUCCAAUCAGCAGAUUGACGUGUUUAUUGAAAAAUGGCUAGUGGAAGCAUUUGAAAAUUUUAUUCAAGAUUUCUUGAAGGUCUGCGGAAACGUACCGGAAGCUGGUUACUUGCCUAUCGUGUUUCUCGAUCCAGUUUAUGGCCAGAAAAAUACCCCUUUCACUGAAUUUAUGGCCCCCGGUCUUAUUAUCUCGAUUGUGUAUAAUAUGGCUGUGGCCUUAACAGCCGGUGUUUUCAUUACUGAAAGAAAACAAGGACUCAUCGACCGCAGUCUAGUGGCAGGUGUUCAAAUGCCUGAGAUUCUGUUGAGCUACUUGAUAAACCAGUUUACCAUCAUCAUUGGCCAAACCGCUUUGGUGUACCUGUUCAUGUUAAUGGUGUUCAAGAUUCCUUGCCAGGGCGAUUUGGCACUAGCCAUUUUGAUCACUCUUCUCCAAGGGCUUGUCGGCAUUUCUUUCGGCCUGCUGAUAUCCACCGGAUGCGAUAACGAAAUGGGAGCCCUUUCACUCUCGCAGGCCAGUUUUCUUCCGUUGUUAGUUAUAAGUGGAAUUUGCUGGCCGAUUGAGGGUAUGCCUUUCUACCUGCGCAAAAUCGCAUACGCCAUGCCCUUGACGUACGCCAUCGAAUCUGUCAGAUGCAUUUUCGCAAGAGGCUGGGGUGUGGAGCAGCCCAACGUCUACGCCGGAAUUUUAGUUAGUUGCGGAUGGAUUUUGACUUUUCUCGUUCUCUGCUUGGUUGUCGCUCGCGUCCGCAACUCUUCCAGUUAAUAGAACAUUUUACUUUGGCCAGUUCCAGUGAAGUAUUCUGCUGAUUGAAUUAGAAUUCUAUCCUCCCCCCCCCCCCUGCGCUCUUUUAUUAUGGCUAUUCUAUGUGCAGGCAUAUGUUGUGUUACUAAAUAAUUCUAUUAAUAGCCCCUAGAAUAACCACAAUUUUUACAUUCGUUUGGUUGGAAUUUUGGCUAACUGAAUAUUUUACAUUUUACUACUAGCUCAGCGGUAAAAUGAAUUAACUACCUGUACGUACGUGUAAAUUUAGAAUAUGUAUGCACAAUAGAUUAGCCCAUGUAUACACCGUUA